AUGUCAAAGGAGCCGGGUCACUGGGACUUCUUUAAACUUCCUCCUUUCUUCACGCUGCAGCCGUCGCCGAGUGCGCUAGAACGGCAGAUGGCACUGUGGGGAAAUUUGGUGAUGGACCACGCUGCUUUUCAUGCACAACAUAGGAAACGUGACACGUGCCCACUUCUUCGAUUGUACAGCUGCAAUAGUGGUUUGUUUCGGAAUGAGACGAUUAAUCGCCGUCUUCGACCAGAAGAUGUCAAGAAGGUGAUUUCAUCGUUAGUGGCACAGUGGUCGGAACACUGUGUUCUGACGUCUGACGGCGAUGGUAUGGGAGAUGUUUCUGUAUUGGUUACAACUAGUAAAGGUGGGCUGAAGGAACUCGAGCAGUCACUGCUUGCGUGGAUUCUCGAGAGGGGUGCAGGAACAACAGUUGCGUACUUGUCGCAGAAAGGUGUUGUUAUGACUUUUGACGAAUUAGUUGAUGGCCAAUGUUUGCUUUACAGUCGGGAAAGUGAGCAACUUCUUCCACGGUUGACACAGGAAGCAGUUCCAAUCGAGGACGUGGGCGCACUUUCCCAGGAGCAGGCGGUGCGGUGCUUUCUUCACACUCUCGCCGAGCGGCCCGUCUCCCACAAGGGCUUGUUCAGUGUCACAUUGUUCAACCUAGAUGGCAGUGACAGGCGGCCGUAUGAAGGAGUGAAGUUUGGUGGCGCAGCUAUAUGA